UAUAAGAGGAGUUGGUAUCGCUUUAGACGCUCAGUUCUUCGGGGGAUGUCAUGUUUUUCAUUAGCCUCACGGUGAAAUAGCUGAUAGCAAUGGUAAGACUUCAGAGCAAGGGAAGGAGAUGACAAACAACAGCCAGCACUCGGCGUCCAGAAAACAAGCAGUUGUGGGCAGAAGCAAAUCCCGGAACUUGAAACGAUAGGAAACGAGCUAACAUUAGCUAGCUUUUUGUUGACAGUGUGCUUGCUGUCAAACCAGAUUCCGACCUCAUUUAAAGUAACUGUGGUUAGCUAGCUAGCUACUUUCCGACUUUGGAGCAGUGACGUUUAUUUAGUAGCUUGUUUGACUUGUUGUUAAACCGAAUUUUGUAAGACGUUUCCGUCACUUUUAACCACUUGUGGAUCCAGAAGAUGGCAUCAAGAGGAGGCUUCACGGGUCCGCCGAUGAAUCCGAAUGUGCACCCCAUGAGUGUUGGGCAUGCUGCGGGCAUGAGGAUGCCAGGCAUGCCUCAACCUCCGGCGGGAUACCCCCGCAGUAUGAGCAACGCUCCUCAGUACCCCCAGCGCUCAGGGAUGCCUCCCAACAGAGUCGGGGGCCCCUUGGGGUCAAUGGGGGGUCAGCUGCCUGGUCCUUCUUAUGGUGGUGGGAACAUGUCCAUGCGGCCAGGCAUGGGGCCUCCAAGCAUGGACGCCUCGAGGAAGCGGUUCCUUCAUCAGCAUCAACAGCAGCAGCAGCAGCAGCAGGAGGCGAUGGGAGGCCUAAGACGAGGGGCAAAAAGACGCAAGAUGGCUGACAAGGUUCUCCCACAGAGGAUCCGAGACCUGGUCCCAGAGUCCCAGGCUUACAUGGACCUCUUGGCCUUUGAGAGAAAACUGGAUCAGACCAUCGCCCGAAAGCGCAUGGAGAUUCAGGAAGCCAUCAAGAAGCCCAUUAUGCAAAAACGCAAGCUCAGGAUCUACAUUUCCAACACGUACAGCCCCAGCAAGCCCGAGGGCGAGGAGGCGGAGAAGGUGUCCUCAUGGGAACUGCGAGUGGAGGGCAAACUUCUGGAGGAACCUGGCAAGCAAAAGAAGAAGUUCUCAUCUUUCUUCAAAAGCCUGGUGAUCGAGCUCGAUAAGGAGCUCUACGGACCUGACAACCACUUAGUAGAGUGGCACAGAAUGCCCACCACUCAGGAGACCGAUGGUUUCCAGGUGAAAAGGCCCGGCGAUGUGAAUGUUAAAUGCACCCUUCUGCUCAUGCUCGACCACCAGCCCCCUCAGUACAAACUGGACCCGCGGUUGGCCCGUCUUCUGGGUGUGCACACUCAGACACGGGCCAGCAUCAUGCAAGCUCUUUGGCUCUACAUCAAGAACAACAAGCUGCAGGAUAGUCAUGAGAAGGAGUACAUCAACUGCAACCGCUACUUCAGACAGAUCUUCGGCUGUCCUCGCAUGCGGUUCUCUGAGAUUCCCAUGAAACUGGCGGGCCUGCUGCAGCACCCUGACCCCAUCAUUAUCAAUCACAUGAUUAGCGUGGACCCCACGGAUCAGAAGAAGACGGCCUGCUAUGACAUUGAUGUGGAGGUGGACGACCCUCUGAAGGGCCAAAUGAACAGUUUCCUGUCCUCGACAACCAACCAACAGGAGAUUGCUGCGCUGGAGAUGAAGAUACAUGAGACGAUUGAGUACAUCAACCAGCUGAAGACUGAGAGAGACUUCAUGCUGAGUUUCAGCAAUAAUCCACAGGACUUCAUCCAGGACUGGCUCAAGUCUCAAAGCAGAGAUCUGAAGUUGAUGACAGAUGUGACAGGAAACCCAGAGGAGGAGAGGAGGACUGAGUUCUACCAGGCGCCCUGGGUACCAGAGGCAGUGGGCAGAUACGUUUACUCCAAAGUGCAGCAGAGAAGACAAGAGUUGGAGCAGGUCCUGGGUAUCCGACUCACCUAAAGACAUAUACCAGAGGAGUCACAGCCUACUUGAGCUAAUGUUGUAGCUUAAAUGUUCACAAAGCCAUUGUCAAUGACAUGGUAUGAUGAACCAGCUUCUAAGUGGGAUACAUAUCUUUUUUGUCCCCGAGAUAAUAGUUUCAAAAUCUACAAAGUAUAUGGGACCAAAGUGGUGAUUAAUGUGUCCUUAAUAAUAUGUUUGCCUUGCAUUGUCUGUCAUUUUGUGCCUGUUCAAAUAAUCUUUGCCUUGUUCUGCAAUAUGUUUUGUUUAUGGUACAAUAUGCUUAAAACAUUUUAAGCAUCGGUGCUGUCUUGGUGUUUUUCACCAUGUUGUGUGCUAUUUCGAAAGGGUUUCUGUUUACCUUCACAUUUCAAAGCCAUAAUCUUUAGAAAGCAACAAUGCCUGAUGUCUGGUAACAACAAAAGCAAGAAUCGGGAGGAAUGGUAGAAUUCAUGCCAAAAUUUUGAUUCAUACUUAUCAGUACCAGAAAUAUGUUUUCUUUCAAAAAUGCAUUCAGUAAAUAUGGAUUAUAUUCUACAAAAAUGUAAGAAUGCUUGAGAUGUCUUAUGACUUACAUACAGGGGGAGCUAAUAAAAAGCUUUUUAUGCCAAUAAUAAUUUUAUAAGUUUAGGUGCUGGUUUGUCUGUUUUUUUAUAUUGGUGAACAUGUCAUUUGAAAUUGAACCUUUCUUUACUGUGUAAGAAAGCAGGAUUUCCAGAAAAGCUCUACUUUGGGAAAAGAUUGAGCUCCUUAUUUGUACAAGGACGAGAGUCCACUGUUUCCAGCUGUAAGUCCGCAGCUUUUUUGUACUUCUUGAAUGUUUACAUGCCAUUUUCAUUUAUUAUUGGGGUUUUUCAUUGUUUUAAUUCCAGGAAGAGGAACUAUGGCAGGCUGUUUGGAUUGAAGGAUCCAUACCUCCCAAGAAGGUUAACUGGUGUUAAUAAAAUAGGAAUGCAGUUGUAGCAUGUCAUCUAAACAAUGCACCAACUGGUUGUGUACAGUUUAUAGCUUCAUGAGUUAACUUUUCAUUGAAAUGUUUUGUUAUGGUUUUGCAUGAGAUGAUCUGAAUUUCUUUAAAACAUUCCAUGUUAACAGAUAUUGUUGUGCCAAAAUUUGUUUCGUGAAGAAGGCACUUAAAAUUUGAGAAAUGUUGUGUGUACAAAUAUUUUUUGUACAGCCUCUUUGUAAAAUUGUUUGCAUGUUGUGUAUCAAUCAAAGGCCUUUAUCUUUUAUACAUUUGGAGGAUUUUUUUUUUACAAUAAAUAUGCUUAAAAUCUU